CGGACCGAAAAUACGACGUUCCGACUUCCUGUGUGUGCUUCCGUUUUCAUCAAGUGUAGUAAAAAUGCGUGUUUAGGAGUAUUUUUGUGUUUUUGGUGGUUGAGCUGAAGUUGUCAGUUUUACUGUGACUCGCGCAGUGUGUUUUCAACACAGUGGAGACAAAAUGAAUCACAUAUUCCGAAAGUUGCAAGUGACUUUCCCACAGCAGGCAUCCAUCCUGAAUCAGUCGUUAUGCAGAGCCACACCAUCCAUUCAGCAUCCGAUGUGGUGUACUGCAUCUAUAAAUGAAAGACAAUACAGAGACAUGCCGACUCACGGGAUUGGAAGGUGGAGGCAUUUGUUACCCAAACAGGCAGCCAAGAAGAAGAAAGACAGAAACCAGCAAAAGGAGCUGGUUUCAGCGACCGACACGGCGUACGGGACUCUGAACGUGAAGGUGUCCGGUUACGACAUGACCGUGGUGGAGCAUUACUCCCAGUACAUCCACAACCUCUGCAACCGGCUCAACAUCAAAGUGGCAGAAAGCUAUGCUUUGCCGACCAAGAGCACAGAAGUGUUGCUAAUGCACGAACAAGGCAACAAAACGUACGUGGACGGCGUCCUGAAGACCCACCAGCGCGUCGUCCAGUUGAGUAGUUUGAACGCCUCGCUGUGUCCCGUCUUCGUGGACGUUAUUCUGAAGAACCAACCGGAGGGAGUUCAGCUCUCGGUGCAGGAGCACACAGAGGCAGAUUAUCAGGCGCGCUUUAAGGCACGUCCAGAACUGGAGGGGCUCAUCGCUCAGAUCAACCAAUGAGAUGCUCUCAAGAUUCCUGCAACCUGUAUUGUCAUACAUAUGAGCAGAGAAGCUGUAGAGAAAUGUUGUUUUUGUUUUUUUGUGCGUCUUUUAGAAAUAAAACUGUUUGGGAACAGACCAAGAUGAAGAUGUUGUGCUGCAGUUUUAUGUGUUCCUAUUAUUAUUUUUCAUCAGUUCAAUGUGGCUGUAAAUGGUCAGAGGUUUUGCUUGCUUACAGUAGAUAUGAAUGUGUCAGUCAGAAACAAGCAUUUUAAAUUAGCUGAAUUUAUUACCUUUUUUUUUUUAUUCUGGUCAUACUGACCGCUUAAAUUGCUUUACACCAGCGCAACGUUCAGUCAACGGCACCAUCACAUGCAGGCAACCUGGGGUUAAAUCUCUUUACAAGAACACAUCCUCAUGUGGCAGCAGGAUGAUGGAAUCAAAAAGUAAGUUGGCCUUAAAUACGUUAAUCACAGGAAAUAAAUUUUGUCGUGGCAGAACUAUUUAAUGUCAGGUAAAAGUUUGAGUCGCAUGCAAAUAUCUCCAUUUUGUUGCAUGUCUUGAGGUGGCUAACUCAAAUCACCUCAAGCUAACAAGUAAUAUAUUCUUGCUGGCUUUGUUGCCUCCGUUAUGGGCACCAGUUUGCUGGACGACGUUCGUCUGACUUCUGCUACGAGGCUGGUUU